GUUCCCGACCGCCACCAGAGGCCCCGCCCCUCCUUCCCGCGUUUCACUGGCUCCGCCCCCGGCCCUUCCUAUUGGCGGACGUCAGAGCGGGGGUGACUAGCCGAGCGCCCGGAGCCCGUGGCCGCAAGUGACCCCACCCCUCGCAAGUUCGACUCCGAGGGCGUUAAGUUUCUGGCUUGUUUGGGCUGCCGAUGGCGUUUUUCCAAGUACCUGAUUUGGCCUCGAGUUUUCUGCCUGUUUCCCAAGUCUGUGGGGAUUCCUUAAUCACCCCUGGGGAUAAUGUAUUUCGACCUAAGAUUAAAUUCCACUUGGCCCAAGGAGCUACCUUGGAAAAUCAGAAAGCUGGGAAUCUCACCGUCAUUCUAAGGAAUUCCUGCCCUCAGCCUACCCCGAUACUGUCUCUCUCUCUGUGUUUGGAUGCGAAGUCUCUGUUUCUGUCUUUUUAGGAGGUUCCUGGUUUGACUCAAACAACUGAUUAAUUCACUCUUCCAUGAUGAAUUGUGUGUGCUCGGUAUUUUUUAUGUAGCUGCCUUUCAGUCAACUGGGGUGGGGGGGAUGGAGUGUGUCAAGAUGAGAGACUCAUUGGAUAUGGAGAUGGGAAGGGAGUGUCCAGGGGCCAGAAACCCGAGUCAAUGCAGCCUCUCCCUAGUUCCCUCGUCCCUCCCCGGCUGAGAGGAGGAAGGGCUAUGCAAAUAAGCACCCCUUUCUUAUAAAGGGAUUGCCUCAGCCCCCUGGCACUUUGGAAUGCUGGAGAGAAGGACAGGAUGUAUCUGGUGCCCAAGAGAUGCCUUCUCCAUGUGGCUGUGAUGGGUGCUCUGCUGGCUGUGGGGGCCACAGAAGGACCCAGAGACCAGGACUGGCCUGGUAUCUCAAGGCAGGUCAGAAACAAAGCCUGGAACAGACAACUAUAUCCAGAGUGGACAGAAGUCCAGAGGUCUGACUGCUGGAGAGGUGGCCAGGUGUCCCUGAAGGUCAGUAAUGAUGGGCCCACUCUGAUUGGGGCAAAUGCCUCCUUCUCUAUUGCUCUGCACUUCCCUGAAAGCCAAAGAGUGCUGCUGGAUGGCCAGGUCAUCUGGGCCAACAAUGCCACCAUCAAUGGGAGCCAGGUGUGGGAAGGACAACCAGUGUAUCCCCAGGACCCUGAUGAUGCCUGCAUCUUCCCUGAUGGUGGACCCUGCCCAUCUGGCCCAUGGUCUCAGAGGAGAAGCUUUGUUUAUGUCUGGAAGACCUGGGGCCAAUACUGGCAAGUUCUGGGGGGCCCAGUGUCUGGGCUGAGCCUUGGCACAGGCAGGGCAGUGCUGGGCACACAUACCAUGGAAGUGACCGUCUACCACCGCCGGGGGUCCCAGAGCUACGUGCCCCUCGCCCACUCCCACUCAUCCUUUACCAUCACUGAUCAGGUGCCCUUCUCCGUGAGCGUAUCCCAGCUGCAGGCCUUGGAUGGAGGGAAUAAGCAGUUCCUGAGGAAUCAACCUCUGACCUUUGCCCUCCAACUGCAUGACCCCAGUGGCUAUUUGACUGGGGCUGACCUCUCCUACACCUGGGACUUUGGAGACAAUAGUGGGACCCUGAUCUCUCGGGCACUUGUGGUCACUCACACGUACCUGGAAGUCGGCCCAGUCACUGCCCAGGUGGUGCUGCAGGCUGCCAUUCCUCUUACCUCCUGUAGCUCUUCUCCAGUUCCAGGCACCACAGAUGGGCACAUAACAACUACAGAGGUCCCUGGCACCACAGCUGGGGAAGAGCCUACUGCAGAAGUUACAGGUACUACACCUGGUCAGGUGCCUACUACAGAGCCCUCUGGAACCACAGCUGUGCAAGUGCCAACCACAGAGGUCAUCAGUAUUACACCUGGGCAGGUGCCAACCUCAGGGAUCAUAGGUACCACACCUGCAGAGGUGUCAACUGCAGAGGUCAUAGACACCACACCUGCAGAGGUGUCAACUGCAGAGCCCUCUGAAACCACAGCUGCACAGGUAACAACUAUAGAGUUGGUGGAGGUCACAGCUGGAGAGGUAGCCAGCUCUGAGCCUGAGGGUCCAGAUGCCAGCCCAUUCAUGCCUACAGAAGGUAUCACAGGCUCCGUGAGCCCCCUGCUGGAAGGCACAGCUGCCUUAAUCCUGGUGAAGCAACAAGUCCCUAUGGACUGCAUUUUGUAUCGAUACGGCUCAUUUUCUCUCACCCUGAACAUUGUCCAGGGUAUCGAGAGUGCCGAGAUCCUGCAGGCUGUGCCUUCCAGUGAGGGGGAUGCAUUUGAACUGACUGUGUCCUGCCAAGGCGGGCUGCCCAAGGAAGCCUGUAUGGACAUCUCAUCACCAGGAUGCCAGCCCCCUCCCCAGAGGCUGUGCCAGCCUGUGCCACCUAGCCCAGCCUGCCAGCUGGUUCUGCAUCAGGUUCUGAAGGGAGGCUCAGGGAUCUACUGCCUCAAUGUGUCUUUGGCUGAUGCCAAUAGCCUGGCAAUGGUCAGCACCCAGCUUGUCAUGCCUGCCAUGCCUGGGAUUCUGCUCACAGGUCAAGAGGCAGGACUUGGGCAGGCUCCCCUGUUUGUGGGCAUCUUGCUGGUGUUGAUGGCUGUGGUGCUUGCAUCUCUGAUAUAUAGGCGAAGACUUAUGAAGCAGGGCUCAGCUCUCCCCCUUUUGCAGUUGCCACAUGGUGACGUUCACUGGCUGCGUCUGCCCCGGGUCUUCCGCCCUUGCCGCAUUGGCGAGAGCAGUCCCCUCCUCAGUGGACAGCAGGUCUGAGUACUCUCAUGUGAUCCCAUGAUUUCCCUGAGGUUGGCAACAACUCCUAUCUUUUCUCCAGUCUCUCCUUGGAGACUCCUAUUACCUGAAUUAAAUACUCAGAACUUGA